AUGACGCCAAAAAUAAAUGGCAAAAGUAUUAUCUCAAGUGUCCCAUCUCUGGUUCAGAAUGUCAACGAAAUUAUGAAAUUGAGGGUGAAUGUUGUAAAGAGCGUGAAGUUCCCUACGAGAGCUGAGCCGAACAAGACGGCCGGCUUCCCGCAGCCCGCACGCACGACUGCACAUAGACAGCCCGGUUCGGGCAGGACCCGGGCACGGCGCGUCCUCGGGCGACGGGGGCGCUGCCUGCAGGGGGACGUGGGCCCCGGCCUCCGCGGCUCCUCCCUGGACCUGGAAGGAGGAGCAGGCAAAAAGUGCUCCAAAGUUAAGAGCCCGAGGCUGGGGCGGAACAGCGGCUGCCCGGUUAGCUCUCCAGGGUGGGCGCCCGAGCUUCUCGGAGCCUUAUCAGUCGGCGCGAGGGGCGGGGACCCGGGCCGGGCUGGGCGGCGAAGGCUGGAGACGACCUCGCUCCCCCGCUCGGUGCAGCCGCCCCGCGCAGAGCCAGGCGCCGAGCGCUUCCGCCGCUUCCUCGAGCUCCCGGGCAUUUAUUGCGGUCCUAGCGCGCGCGCACGUGACGUGAGCUCCCCCUCCUCGCCCACCCCACCUCUGCCCGGCCCUGGACUGGGGCCCGCGGCGGGAGCGACGAGAGGCCGCCCUGCUUCUCCCCACGCCCCUCACCCCUCGGCCCAGCGAAGCUGGGACACUUGGUCUUUGUGCGUGUGCUUUGGGCUUCAGGGACCCGGGCGUGGAAGGUCUGGACCCUGUGGGAGGCGUAUGCAAGGAGGCCCCCCAAGUCCUUCCGCCCCUCACAGCUCCCCUGCUUUCAGAGGUCCUUCUCCUAGUUCCUUCCUGACUCGAUGCUAA